AUGAAUCAAACAGAAACGAAUUUAUCAUUGGUCGUAUUAGCUCGAUUUGAAAUUGUUGCUGCAUGCAUAAUAUAUGGAUUUGGAUUUAUCGGUAACUUGUUUGCAUUGAUUGUUUUCUCUUCAUUAUUGGAAUUUCGUCGAAUAUCCACUGGUAUUUUAUUUCUUCUCAUGACGAUAUCAAACUUUUUUCAUCUAUGGACAUUGACAAUUGGAUUCAUCGGUAUUUAUGGCAAAUACAUCUAUUUAAAUAUAUUCUUUUACUGUCAAUUCAAUCCGUUUAUCGAGAAUAUCAGUCGUGCAAUGAGUACAUAUUUUUCUGUCGGUAUCGCUGUUGAUCGUUUUGUUCGUUCGGAGAUACCUAUUCGUGCGAAAAAUAUUUGCACAAGACGAAACAUAUUCAUAUUAACAUCGAUCCUAUUCGUGAUCUUUUUCAUCUUCUGGUCGUUUUAUUUAUAUCCACUGGGUAACUAUAUUUUACAGGAUGGCAUUUGUAUUUAUAAUCAAACGAACCAUUAUGCAUUUUUUCUUACUAACGUUCACAUUCCAUUGCGAGCGACAGUGCUUUGUUUUCUACCGAUUAUAACGAUGAGCGCAUCGAAUAUUCGCAUGGUGCGUAAUAUUCGACAAGCACGAAAUCGUGUGGUAGAUAUUCUUCAGAUAGCCGAAGGAAAUAAGAGUAGUACAAUUAUAUCUUCAACCGCUCUCAAUGGUCCUGUCGGCCGACGGACUCUUGCCGUUGAUCGAAUGCUUCUCUAUAUGAUGAUAGCCAAUAUAUUCACGUUCAUUAUUACACAAAUACCUUUUCAUGUUUAUACGGUAAUGCACAUCUAUAUGAUACAAUUGGAUACUUAUGUUCAUUCGUUAAUCUACGCAUUGCUUUUAAUAUGGUCGAGUGUUUAUUUCGGUAUUGCUUUUUAUUUGUACUGUUUAGCCUCGCCUUUAUUCCGCAGGAAAUUUAUCCGGAUAAGCAGAAAAUUAAUAAAUUGUCAAAUGUGCCCUCGGCCAACGACGUAA